GGGCAAUACUUAUAUAUAAGACCAUCAAUCACCAAGGUGCUACACUUCCUUCUUUUUUCACCUGCUCUACUACCAACUAUAUCUGAAUUCUGAAACCAUAAGAUCUGUUCACAUUCAGCCUCUGCUUCUCUAAAAUCAUUUUGGAACAUUUUUGCAUACUGUUUGCUGGUCAAAUAUACUCGUCUUGGAUCUCUUCCCUCGUAAACUAAUUUCAUAUUGACAGCCUAUCACAAUUGUGGCAACUUCUGCAGUUUAAAGAAGUAACAACAUGCGGUGGCUGAGCCUGUCAAUUGAUGUGUUUUCUUAUGUCAUCCCCUUGAACUUAUUUUGCAGGGUGAUCCUAUAAAUUAUUUCUCCUAUUAAACCAGCUUUUUAAUCUAUCAUUCUCUUCGUCUUCCUCUGCGCUUUAACCAGUCAGUUUUGACUCUUUGCUUGUUAUAUCUAUAUGAUUAGCUGAAAGACAACUGGAAAGCAAAUUUAAAUCCUCUUAGUCCUGACUUUGAUUCCUUUGCACUUUGUCAUCACUGUGACACAGUUUAGGUCUUUUCAGGCUUCUUUUCCUAUACUGCGAUUUCCUCAACCUUCUCCUUUCUUGUAAUCUCCGUAUUCCCCCGAAAGCUAGUAUUCUAUUUACUCUUGGAAUUCAGUAUUAUCUCUCCGCAUAUAUUUUGAAUUUAAUUGGAAAGUCGAAAGUAGUUAUGGUGUGCCAAGCAGCAGGACAAACAAGAUUUCGGGCCUUAAAGCAUGAGAGUGGAAUCACAGGGAAAGCAACCAUUGUAGUUAGAGUUAUAGCAUGUUUUCAACCAUUACAGAAUUGCCAGGCUGAAUACUUCCGUCAGUUGUUGAAGCCUGUAACGUAGAUGCUCUGAGUUCACGCCUUUGUCUUAAAUCCAGCUUUAUAGUAUUUUUCUUGUUAUUUACGUCCUUAAAGAGUAA